CUGCGCCGGGCCGGUGCUGGCGCGGCUGCAGGGCCGCGAGUUCGAGUUCCUCAUGCGGCAGCCGGCCGUCACCAUAGGCCGCAACUCCUCGCAGGGGUCGGUGGACGUCAACAUGGGGCACUCCAGCUUCAUCUCGCGGCGGCACCUGCAGCUCAGCUUCCAGGAGCCGCACUUCUACCUGCGCUGCCUCGGCAAGAACGGCGUCUUCGUGGACGGCGCCUUCCAGCGCCGCGGCGGCCCGGCCCUGCAGCUCCCGCCGCAGUGUACUUUCCGAUUCCCCAGCACGGUUAUAAAGAUCCAGUUCACAUCUUUAUACCAUAAAGAGGAAGUAAAAGAGGAAACCUCAUCGCCUCCCCCUCGACCACUUUACCCUCAAAUAUCACCUCUGAAGAUCCACAUCCCGGAGCCGGAUCUCCGGAGCGUGGUCAGUCCCCUCCCAUCCCCCACAGGCACUAUCAGUGUUCCCAACUCUUGCCCGGCCAGUCCACGUGGUGCUGGAUCCUCAGGAUACCGUUUUGUCCACAACAUUACCUCGGAUCUGCAGCUGGCAGCAGAGUAUGCGGCAAAAGCGGCAUCGGAGCAGCAGGCAGAUGCAUCUGGCGGGGACAGCCCAAAGGAUGAGUCCAAGCCACCCUAUUCUUAUGCUCAGCUAAUUGUGCAGGCUAUAUCUUCAGCACAGGACAGGCAAUUAACACUAAGUGGGAUCUAUGCCCACAUUACCAAGCAUUAUCCAUAUUACAGGACUGCUGACAAAGGCUGGCAGAAUUCCAUUCGGCACAACCUCUCCUUGAACCGUUACUUUAUUAAAGUCCCACGCUCCCAAGAGGAGCCUGGAAAGGGCUCCUUUUGGCGAAUUGACCCUGCCUCUGAAGCCAAACUAGUAGAACAAGCAUUUAGAAAACGAAGGCAAAGAGGAGUGUCCUGCUUCCGAACACCUUUUGGGCCUCUCUCCUCCAGGAGUGCUCCUGCCUCCCCUACUCACCCUGGCCUGCUGUCCCCUCACUCUAGUGGCCUACAGACUCCAGAGUGCCUGUCACGGGAGGGCUCACCCAUUCCACAUGAUCACGACUUUGGGUCAAAGUUAGCCUCAGUUCCGGAAUACCGGUAUUCCCAGAGCGCACCUGGGUCUCCAGUGAGUGCCCAGCCAGUGAUUAUGGCUGUUCCUCCCCGACCAUCUACCCUGGUGGCAAAGCCAGUGGCGUACAUGCCAGCGUCAAUAGUGACUUCUCAGCAGCCUUCCUGUCAUGCAAUUCACCUAGUUCAACAAGCUCCCACUGUUACCAUGGUCCGAGUCGUGACCUCCUCUGCAAACUCUGCAAACGGAUACAUCCUCACAAACCAGGGCACAGCAGGAGGAGCUCAUGAAGCUGCAGGAGCAGUGUUGGACUUAGCUGGUGACCAUCGAGGCGUGGAUGAAAAGCCAACGAUUGCGUUUGCCGCCAUCCCCACAGCCAGCCGUGUCAUCCAGACAGUGGCCAGUCAGAUGGCCCAGGGUGUCCCUGGGCAGACAGUCACGAUCCUCCAGCAGGCAGCUCCAGUGGCCAUCGGGCAGCACCAGCUGCCGGUGCGGGCGGUCACCCAGAACGGCAAACACGCUGUGCCCACCAACAGCAUCGCCAGCAACGCCUACGCUCUUACAAACCCACUGCAGCUCCUUGCAGCCCAGGCCAGCUCGUCCACUCCUGUUGUAGUCAGCCGGGUCUGCGAGACGGGGACCGAGGAGACGGCAGCAGCCUCUGCCAGUGAACCUGAAGUGAAAAGAGCCCGGAUAGAAGAGCCCAGUGGAGCAGUCCCAGCCCAGACUGGAGUCAUCACAUCUGCAAUGCCACAAGGACAGGCAACCAGUGAAUGAAGAACCGGUGGGAGGAGCUGGAGUGAUGUGGGGUGGGCAUGAUGGGAUGGCAGGAAUCCUAAAGCAGCUUUCACAGGAAACAAACCACAACUGUAACAGCUCAAAACAUAAACAGCUCCUUUUAAAGUCAGAUUUUUAAAUGGGAGGACAACAGCUGUUAGAGUCACAAGGUGCCAAAAAGAAUGGAAAACCCCUCCCAAGAACCCAUAUCUGGAACUCUGUUCUGUCUUUACUUAUGGGAUAUUUUUUCCUUUUUUUUUUUCUUUUUUUUAAAAGAUUCAAAAAAAAAAAUUACAGACAACUGAUUGUAUGACUGCUGGGAUAUUUUUAACUGUCUUUUUCCCUUUUGGCUCCAAGGGGAUGGGAUUUGCAGUUCAGCAUCUAAAGGAAUGUAAUACAAAUACAGUCUGCUCCCUGGAAAGAAAACUCCUCACGUUCUAUGCCUUAAUACCACACUUCUGGAGAGCUUUGAACCAUAGGACCAUUUCAAUAAGGUCACCUAAGGCAAUCAAAUGCUGAAAGAUGGGUGCAGUAUCUCACAACAACAUUAAAGAAACAUGGUACCAAGCUUAAAGAAAAAGGCAAAUGAUUCUGUUUUUUUUAAAACAGAAAAAUUCUGAAUAUGAAUGCUUAUUUAUGUGAGGGUUCAGGAGGAAGAGUUACAGGGCUCAGCCACCUGGAUUUCCAGAUGCAAUUUCUCUCCAUUCCCUCUGAGAGAAUAAGAUGACAGAGGAACUGUAUUAACUUGGUUCCUGUAAAGAUACUAAAAACACAAAGGGGUUUGUACCUUCACUGAUUUCUUACAAUUAUUCCUCACUUGCUUUGGACAACAGCCAAAGUAUCUUGAUGCCUGAGGAUCACGUGGGGAAGGGUGUCUCCACAGGUUCUGUGUGCAUUUGAUUGAUCCCAUCUUGUGCUGGAGCUUUGGUUCACAAUAGCAGUGUAGGUGAAGGCAUGGCCACUGUCUCUGUGAACUUGAGAAAAUGUUGGUUGAUCCUCUGCACUAAAAGCUCCCGUUGGGGGUGUGCUCCUCAGCUCCAUGGGCAGGAGGCCAGGGCUGGGCAGGAGGCUGUGCUGCCCCUCUGCCAUGGCAAACACCAAAGCUCCUGUGUUACUCUUCAGAGAGGAAAGCUGAGGGCUGGGAUGAGAGGCAGCAGAAGCCAUACAGUGUUUCACACAAAUUCUGUAAGGGUGUAGAGACCAAGGCAAAAGACUUUCCUUUUAUCUUCCAUGUGGCAAAAGCCAUCUGGAGCUCUUAAACAAUUUUUCUAAAGGAAUUUGGAGGUUUCCUUGCGUUGCUUGGCUCGCUUUCCCGUCUCUUCUGCCUUGAGAGCCUUCACCAGCAGGAGGAGGCUUUUACUCAAACUGUAUUCCAGGCUCCUCAUGUAGUACAAGGAUGUCUUAUCAGGAAAGCAGAUUUGACUCACUGCAGCCACGAGAAAUAGUGGGUGCAUGUGAUACCUUGUGACUGGCAAAGAAGUCAACCCCUGCCUGUAGCCUCCAGCAAACCCCUUUGGUUUUAUACCCAUUUGCAGUCCCCUUGGCUAACAUGUCUUCUGGCAGCACAGCAGAGAUCUUUUAAUUUAGCAAAUGUUAUGGCUUUGGUUAUGGCCAAAGAGACUUAAGAGGGAUGGGCUGUACCUCUCGUAGGUUAUCCCCCAUCUGUACUGAUUUGUUGUCCAGUUGCUAUCCUAUGCAGUCUGACAGUGCUAUCACAGAGCAGAGAGAGCAAACCCGCUGCAGGAACUCUGCAAAAAGCUUUUCCCAGUGUGCAGUAAAUGAUAACUGGCAGCAUGUUCCGUGGGGAUUAGGGGGUAAGGCACAACUCCCCAGUGUCUGCUGGAAUCUGGGGAGGGGGAGGAAAUCCACAAGGUAACAGCUGGCAUCACUUCUUCCCUUCUAGGUUUCCUUUGUCUUUGCCAAAUCCUAUUCAACAGCCAAGUCCCACUGCUUGAAUAAAACCCCGACAUGUUUUAUUCUCAAGUCCCUUGUUUUGUGAGAAAUAUUUCUAAAAGAAGGAAAGAAUUUCUCAGUCUCGUGAUUUGCGGUUACUUUCUGCGGAUAAAGGCACGUUAAAUAUUCAGGACAGAUCAUUUAUCUCAGCCUGGCUUUCAGAAUUUAGGUGUGUGCCUUAAGUGACAAGUUGUUAGAUUGGAUUUUAGUACUUUAAAAUGGUUUUGUGAAGGAGGAUUGUUACAGACCACAAGGUAAUUGAAGCAGGCUGGCCUCCAGCUGCCCCUUCUCUCUAGGUGUGGCGUAGCGGAAAAGCACAUGGAUUAGCUCUGUUUUCUGUAGCCUUUCCAAAGCCAGAACUCAAUAAAAUGAACUUCAAGGAAGAAUGCACAAGUGAGAGUGCAGCACAGUUUAUCUGUGAUUAAUCAUUACUUUUGGGUGACUGCUGGUUUAGAUGCAGGCACGCCUCUGAAACAACCCUGGGACUCGGGAGCUUUCCAGAAGCACAGGAGUCCUUGGGUUUCCAGAAUGUUGUGUGAGUCAGAGCAAGAUGAAAAACCAUCAGAAUACUGUUCAGGAUGUGUUGUUCAACUGCCAAAGUUUGCAGAUUUUUCUUUGCUGCUGCUUUUCUCUGGGAGAGUCUAAAUAAUUAGGCCCUGAACUUCUGUAAACUAGUCCAGCACUGUAGAAAUACAUCAGCUGAAUUCAGUGUUUUCAUCCACCAGCUGCUGCUUUAUAGAUACCUCUUGAAAGUCCAUCCUCGGGUUGCAUGUGUAGAUUUGCCUACUAAGUAUUUAGAACAGAAUAACACUUUCUUCCUUUUGUGGCUCACGCUGCCUGCUGGUUCAAGUGGGAGUUGAGGAUAAGCAAAUAUCUUUGUUCUGUUCCCCCUCUCUGCUUGACGUGUCUGGAACUUGUCAGUUCAUCCUGUCAGGGAGUUUUUUGCUUUAUCACUCUGCUGCAUCCCCCUGGUACUGUAAGAAACAGCCAUACCACUUGCAGAUAGUUUUGUAGGUUUGCCUAAACAUUGCCUGAUACUGGAUAAAGUAACUGUUCCUGCUAAAUCCUUUUGAGAGCAGUGGAAAAAUGUGGUUCUCAUCUGGAACAUGCGAGAUGGAGGCCUCUUGUUUCAAGCCUCCAGAUUAAUUCUUUCAUCACACUGCUCAGUCUGGAAGACAGCACCAUUCUUUUUACAUAGCAAUCCUGAUUCCCUGGGCUGCAGAGGAAUGAAAAUUAAUGUGAUGGUGGAAUUAAGUCUUCAGCUAGAGAGAAAAUGUUUACCUUAAUGGUUCUAUGCAGUACUCAGAUUAUUUUGAAUUGAUCAUCCAGCUUGGGUUUUGUCUAAAAAGUUGCAUCUUAUCCUCAAUUAAUUAUAUUAACUGAGGAAGGUUUGAGGGGACGAGAAGGAGGAGGCUUUACAAGAGCUGAAUGCAGUUGUUCUUGGUUUUAUUCCACUGGAAUUCCUUAGUUGUUGUUCAUCUUGACCUUGGCUCUUGUGAUACAGAAGGCUUUUUGCAGUAAGAUCAAUUUAAUCUGAUUUAGUGAUAACACAACACAGUGCUGAGCACAAAAUUGAAGUUCAUGAUUAGCUCAUAUAUUCCUUUCAACUCUUUUUUCCUUCCCAUAUUCUUCCCUCCCCCACACCAUUUACGCUGUCCCCUGUAGCAUAUCCUGUCAUUUUCAUCCACUGACCUGAGCAGCACCUUGCAUUAAGCUCUGCCCAAGGACUCGAGGAUGAAAAUACCUGUGGAAUACAUGUUGCUCCAGAGCAGCUUGAGAAAGGUCAGUUUGGUCACCCUGUAUUAAUUUUCAUUCUGUGUUUUAGACAUGUUACUGUUGGGCAUAGCUUAUUCAGGGGUGUGUUUUCAGAGAUACAUUAAAGCUUUGUAAGAGGAAAGAAAUAGUUCAAUAACAGCAGAAGCCUUUACAGUUCUUCUGCAAUCAAUGUCAUGGUCUGCCUUCAGGUUUUGGAGGGACUAAACUUGGGUUUGCAUGUUUUAGAGAGCUGUCUUUCAGAGUUAAUUUCCACUUUUUUUUUUUUUUCAAAUUUUCAGUAGGGAAAUACCAGCAGUGCAAUCAGACUUGGAGCACAGAAAGGUAGGGACCUGUAUCAAAGCAAGUGAGAGCAUCUGACCUGAGCUUUCGUGCAGUGUGGUGUGGAACACUUUUCCCUGCCUGCUGGCAACGUUAAAUUGGUAUUAGAGCUUUUCAUCUGUGUUAGCAGGGAGUGUUCCCAGGGAGAUAUUUGGUGUCACCCUGAUGGUGUGCAAGCAUGUAAAUGAAUGUCAAAAUAUAGGGGUGAAAGGAGAAAUGUUUCCCUGCCAUACCUGGAUUUGGGGAUCUUGAAUGACGAGGAUUUAACCUAGCAAUAGUUCUGUUUCCACAGAGAAUCCACUCUCACCACCCUUCUCACCAAUUUAAGAAGAAUUUCCCACAGCUGCAUGUGUUUGUUGCCUCUCAGAAGAGCCUAGCUCUGCCUCCUCUGCAUCUUCCAAAUAGGUAGUUGAAGAUUCCAGUAAGAUUUUCCCCAUUUGCUUCCUUUUCUUGAGAUUGAACCAACCUGGUUUUCCUGGUCUCUUCUCUUACAUCACGUGCUCAGGCUCCAGGGCAUCAGGUGGAAUUGCUGCAGGUGACUGUGAGUCUUGUACUGGGGAGGCCAAAAGCAGGCACAGUUCUGCAGACAUGAUCUGGAAAAUGCUGGAUGGAUUGGAAAAGGAAUCCCUUUCCUUGGCCUGAUAGCUACACUUUGGCCUGUACAGCCCAAUACCUGUUUGGACUCUUGCUGCAAGACAAGUGUCAGUGUGAGAAACGAGUCACAAAAUGAACUUCAAAUGCUCUGGAUUUCAUUUGUACUUAUGCAAGCAUCUUGUCCCUCUCUUCCAAAGAACAGUGCCAGCUUGAGUCUUGGAGUUUUUUGAGCAGGAGGCAGCACUGAAGGAUCCUGAUCACCUUCAAAUACCUGUGCUUUACCUUAUCAAAUGAUAGUUUAAAUCCAGUGUGGAACUUACCUUGAGUUUCUACCCUGAUGCAAAAUCUUUGAGGUUUUUUUAAGUCUUGCUGCUAAUAAUUUGGACUUGGGCAUUAAAAAUGAACCUCUAGUGGAACAGGACUCGCUUCAUCAUUUUGCCCUUGCUGCACAGAGUUUCUGAGUUUGUAAAUGCCAUCCUGCAGCAAAUGAUCUGUCUUCUCUUGCCAACCAGUCUCUUGGGCAGCUCCUGUUUCUGCUCCUCAUCAGUUUUUCCCCCUCUAUUUGUAGUUCUUUCUGUCAGCUCCAGAGUCCUUUAAUCCAACUCCUAAUUUAAUUCCAUUGCUUGGAGGUCUGCAUCUGGCGAGGAUCUGUGUGUUAGGCUGCAGUUAUACAACAGAUUGUUCAGUCAUGUAACUUUUUGUUUCCUUCUGGGUGAAAAAUUACGCCAAAGCUGCUACUACUAUAGCAUACACUACUGCUGGAAAGUGUAGCUUCCACCAGAGCCAGCUGUGCUGCAGAAAACAGUUACACUACAAGGUCAUCUGGAUUGCUGGAACUGAUGGGGUUGGGAAGUGAUGCCACCUUGCAUCUUGAUCUGCACCUGACCAAAACAGAGCUGGAGCAUCUCUGUGUGUGGCUGCCUGGCAGCUGUUUGGCUGUGAUUAGUGGGAUCAGCAUCUCUCUCUGCUGGGUGUGUUACUUGCAGGGCAGUGCACGUGUUUGUGCACACAGGUGGGGAUACAUCCACAUACAGUAGUCUGUAGUGGGAAUUAGCUGGCUGUGAGGGUGGGCUUACCCUGUUAGGGUGUCUUUCGUGGGGCAGUAACACCCCAGGGAGCAUUUUACUUUGGCCCGAGCGAGACAUUUGGAAAAAUACUUGGUUUUCUUGGAGCACUAUAUUUAAAUUCCAGACUUUUUAUCAACUUUUGACCUUUUGUAUUUAUAUGUUCAGAAAAUUCUUCUGAUACCUUUUCAAUUUACCAACACUGAAUUAAAACCUUUCAGAAUGUAUGGCUGGUCCUCUCCUUACGUGUCACAAGUUUCAGAGCCUGAGGGUAGUUGUGCCAAAUCUACCCCCUUUGCUCUCAAGAUAGAAAAAAAAAAGAAACCAUUGACAAUUCAUGGGUGGCAGCUAAGGAAGAAACCCUUUAAAUAUUUUUUUCAGAGAAUAUUAAAUUAGAUCUGUGUAAACAUAAAAUUUAUAUUUAUUAAUGUGUGUGUGUGUGUGAGCGUGUGUGUCAAUAUAGAUAUAUAAAUGGUCCAUGACUAUUUCUUUCUCUUAAAUGGUACUUUCAGAGACUUUUAUACAGUAUGUUGGUAAAUUCCUGCACCAGGCACUGACUCCUGAAGAAUGAUGUACCUGUUUUUGUAAUGAAUGUGAGCAGCCAGUGGAAGCAGCUUUACUUCAGUGAUUGCUUUCAUUCCUCUUGCAGAGCAGAAGAGACAGCUUGGUACUUGCAUCUUCCUUGUGUAGGAGCCCUGCUUCUGGCUUUGUUGUGCUUUCAGCCACCUCAGUCCACGCUGCUUUUCUGGCAAGAAAAUCCCCCAAAAUGGCACUAAUGAAAGCUAGAAUCCUUUUCUUGUCUUCAGUUAUCUGUAGUUGUGGUGUUGGGGAGUUCUUUACAGAUUCUGCUCUGUAAGUAAUGGGACCUUAUUUCUAACAGAGGAGGUUUAUGAUGGGUCCACGAGGAUGCUGUAAGGCUGAGGAAUUCCUCCCUGCCAGGUGGCUGAGCUAACACUGGGGCACUAUGAAAUAGUUUCUUUUCCUCUGUGGUGAGAUUAUUUUCCUUUUAUCGUGAUUCUGUCUCUUUGUGGGGAGAGGUGUGUGUAUAUCCCCUUAAAAACAAACACAGAAGGGUUUUUCUAAUGUUCCCGUUCACAGGGAGUACAUUUUACCAAACUGGCCAAACUUCAUUCCACGAGGAUCACUAAAUUCACAGAAGUGUGUAUUUUGACCCACUGGGAUCUUUUGGUGAUUAUUCUUAAAAGCAGGUGACAGUUGGCUUCCUAAUUCCUAAUUGCUGUUGCAGAAAUUCCUUUCUCUGUGAGGACCUGAGUUAAGGCUUCACCUCGGUGAUCACUGGCUGGUGAUGGGGCUUCCGUACUUAAGGGUUGGUGGUAGGAAGAGUAACAGGAAAUGGGAGCAGUGAAAGGAAGCAGCUUUCCUUCUCAGCAGAAAACAGCCCUUGUGAGAACCAGAUUUCCCCUGAUAUUUGAUUAUUCCUCGUGUCUGCUCCGAGUUAAGCGAUGCCCCUUCGCUGUCAUCUCCCCCUCUCUGUCCAGCUUCUCCCCCACCUCAGUUUCACUUCCAGCAGUCUGAGACAAAGCCUUCCUUAAAGCUGAGGGCAACAGUGAGGAGAAAUGUCUGUUAGCUGAAGAAAAAUGAGAUUUAAAUGGAGCAGAAAAAGCGAGAUUUCCUUCUGUUUCACUGUCUUGCUGCUAAAAGUCUGGUGCAGAACAUCCUGAUGUUCUGCUGAUUUAUAUGCUGCUCUUGGGAGGUGGGCAGGCUGCUAAAUAGGCAGGUUGGCUCUGUAGCAGUUGAAUUACUGUAAACCUAAACUUGCUUAAUCUCUCCUGGUUUUUUUCUCCCUCAAAUGGGCUUGAAGUAGAGGGAACCAGAAUAUUGUUUUUAAGAUCUUUUUGCUUUAAUAGAAGACAGAAUGGUAAAAAAAAGUCUCAUUCAAAUGUACUGAUACAGAAAAUGGCUUUAAAAUACAAAAAUCUUACAAGACCCAUAUCUUGUCUUGGGUUCUGGACAUGCCUUGUCCAGCCUGCCAGCCGACCUCCACAUAGCCAAAAAGAGCAUUUUAAGACUCUGUAGCUAUCCAAAGGACUGUUAUCCAAAGGACUGUUAAAAGCUGUUUAGGGAUAAAUCAAAAGCUGUAUGUGAGCAAUGGGUGGUAAAGCUGGAAAUUCAGAUCCAACUCUGAAUAAUUGCUCUAAAAAAAAAAUCCAGAGAAAUCUGACUCUCCCCGUGUUCUGCAGAUGCACAUUCCCACCGAGUCCCCAAGGGAAGGCUGAGAGGAGAACCUGAAAUACCUCAAUGGCUUGACAGAAGGGUUUGCUACAGAGACCUGGGCCAGCCUUACCCCUUUCCCCUCGGUUUGGCACUUAUUUUAAAGAUGGUGAUGGAAGGGGCAACUAAAGCCAUGCUUGCAUUUCAGUUCCUGGUGUUACCUGUGCAAGACACCUCCAGCCAGAUGUUCUGGGGUUUGUGGGUGUUUGUUUUUUUAAUACAGCUGAUAUCAAAAGUAUUUUUUGUGACUUGUUUUCGUUAUCAGUGCUUUUUACAAAGCAGGUGUGUAUCCCAAGGGGGAAGCUUCAUCUGGGGCAAUGGAUGUGAAGUUCACCUUCUUUCCCUGGCCAUGUUGCAGCAGUGCUCCUGUGAGAUGCUCAACUGCACAGGCAGACCGUGGCUCCCACGAGGGUGGGAUCCUGCAUCCAAGGAGCAGGACCUGCAUUUCCACAUCAAAUGGGAUACAGUGGUUUUGUUUGCUUGUUUGUUUGUUUUUUUUUAAUAUGGAGCCAUACAUUUUUUUAAGUAAUUUGAGAUCUGAAUGUGAUUUCUAAUGUAUCGAGAACGUUAAUAUUUUAAAGCUAUAACAAAGUUUAAAUUUCUACUUUUUUUUUUUUUUUCAUUUAUUUUAACUGUUCUGUUACCUUAAUUUGAUGUAUGUGGUUGGGGAAUGUUGCUUCUCCUCUUAGCAUUUGUUUCUAUAACCAGAAAUAAAAUUAUAUAUGAAAGAGAAAA